AAAAGAACAGGACAGGUGCAUUGGCCCAUAGAGACUCCUGGAGAGGGUCUGGCUGAAUGCUAUAGCCAUCACAAGCCAGGAAAGAAUCCUUUUCUUCUUGUUGAGCAGGAUUCAGCCCCAAGUUUCUUGGGAUCCUAAAGUGGACAGCAGAGUUACAAAGAGACUGACAUUUUUGGAAAAAGAAGCAAGAUGAGGUGUCCCCUUGAAGUCUUGAUUCUUGGACUGGUCUCAACCUGCCUCCUUUGGGAAGGUGUGCAAUGCAAAACCAGUGAAUUCACUCUGAUGGUCCCCAAAGAAGUUGUGUCAGUGCAUGAGAGACUCUGUGUCAUCAUCCCCUGCAGUUUCACUUACCGAAGGUUAAUGGACACUGAUGAAUUGCAUGGAUAUUGGUAUCGCAAAGGCAGGAACCCUUCCUGGCAUGAUCCUGCAGUGGCCACCACCGAUGGGAAGAGAGCAAUAGAAGACUUCGCUCACAAUCGCUUUAGUCUGUUGGGGGACUUGGAAAAAGAGAACUGUUCCCUCAUGAUCAUUGAUGCCCAGCAAAUAGACCAAGGGGAAUAUUUUUUCAGAAUGGAGAAAGGCUAUUUAAAAUAUAGUUACCCGGAAACAAUAUCUGUGGAAGUGACAGGUAGCAGAAACCCCAAAAUACAAAUACCGGGAAAGCUUCAGGCAGAACGUCCUGUAAAUAUCACUUGCACGGCCCCACUGAGUUGUUUCCAGAAGCCAAACAUCACUUGGGCAGGCAUUUCUGGAAGCAUCACCUCAAGGAUCCAUGUGUUGCCCAGAAAUAUCAAGCUUCGCAGCACCUUCACACCCUCAGCUGAGGACGAUGGCCAGCAGCUCACCUGCAUUGCCAAAUAUGACAGUGGAACUAAUCCUGUGCAAAUGGAGAAGAGCCUCCAGCUGAACAUCAGUUACCCACCUCAGAUGCUACGGUUCAGCGGGGAACUUCGACACUCCAAUGGAAGUAGGAGGAACUUCACAAAUGCUUCCAGGAUUGAAGCCCAGGAAGGUGACUGCAUCAAACUGCACUGCAAGGCAGACGGCAACCCCUCGGCCAACGUGACCUGGGUGAAGGAAUCGCAACACUCAGGGACUCUGCAGCUCACAUCAGAUAAUACUCUGAAGCUUUCCAAUGUGAAACUGGAGAACAAGGGGAGAUACAGAUGCCAGGCACAGAACACAGAGGGCUCUGCCGAGGCCACUUUCCGGAUCUAUCUAGCAUACAGCCCUAGGCCAUGUGAACAGGAUCCUUCCCACUGCUGGAGAGAGGACAACAGCUUCUGGUGCAACUGUUCCAUCUGCUCCUAUCCUGCCCCCAGGAUUCAGUGGCAGGUGGAUGGGGAGACCUUGGAGGGAAACACCACCAAAGGGAAGUGGCAGGUCACUUCUUGGAAUGAGGAGGAAGUAGCCGCCAGUACUCUGCACUUGACAGGGAACUGGGAUGGAGAGCACCCUGUUGUCUGCCAAGGAACCAACCCCAGCGGAGAACUUCCCAUGAAGUUCUUCCUGUUUAGUUCAGGGAACAUUCUGAAACAGAACAUAAUCAGUGGAGUGUUUGGCGCCCUUAUCAUGUUCACUGCCGUCAUGUUCAUUGUUCUGUUCGUCUUCUUGUGUUCCAAAAAGGGCCGGAGGGAGAGAAAAUCUGUGCCUGACUCGGAAUCUUACACAAAACCCUCAGCUCAUGUCCACAGCAAGCUUCCCCCAGAUCUCAAGAAUAACAGCCUCACAGUCCUGAAUCAGGAAGAGGAAGGCAACAAUGUUCCUGAAGCCCCUGAAGAGAUGGAGGAAUCCCCUCGAGAAGCCUCCAACAAUCCUGAAGACUUGCAUUACGCAACUGUUACAUUUGGUGUGCUGAAACCUGUAUCAGAAGUCACUUUGGAAGACUCCAAAACGGAAUAUGCCGAAAUCAAGCAGUUGUAGUCCACAGAAGUUACAAGAGGAACUGGAAUGGCAGAUUUAAAGGCCUGUCUUGAGUCUAUUUGACACUGUGGAUAAAAGAGGUCAUCUCCUGGGUCUAAUUUGCUGUAUGUCCUCAGAAGAAAUAAUCUCCUUGCUGUGGGAGAGGGCAGUUACCCUUUUUGCUUUUGUCGAGUUUUCUGUACCCUCCUUGGGAGGCAGAGGCUGCCCAUUAUUUUCUCCACCACUGAAACACCAGACCAAUAGAUGUUCCCUUUAACAGCAGCCUGAUCUGCAGCAAGUAGGGUGUGAUGCAGGGCGACAACCCAUAGCUCAGGGGCAAUGCUUUGCAUGCACAAGGUUCGGGGUUCAGUCCUCCAGCUCAAGGGUCUGAGGUUUCAGGAAUGAGAAAAGAUCCCUGCUUGAAACCAUCCCUGUCAGUAGGGCCGGCCCUACCAUUAGACAGAGUGAGGGAACCACCUCAGGUGCCAAAUGCUAGAAGAAUGCAGGGACAUUUCCCAGCUGUUUGCCAGUUUUGAAGUAAGAUUCAGCUUCCACUCUAUGCAGCUUCUGUAUGUGGAAAGUGGGGGACGGCUUCUUGUCCGCACCAGGCAGCAAAAAGUCUUGGGAUGGCCCUGGCCAUCAGAUCAAAUGGUCACCUCCACAUUGUAUAUUUACAGCACAUGGCUUCCCCCAAGAAUCCUGGGAACUGUAGUUUGUCCAGGGUGCUGGGAAUUGUAGCUCUGUGAGGGGCAAACUUCUUUGGGAAGGUCCAUGUGCCUUAAAUUAAAUGUACAGCAUGGAUGUGAGCAACAGCAUUCAGCUGAAGGCAGUUUCAAAAGCUCAGUCAGCAGAUUCAUGUUUAGCUCCCUCCCACAAAAAGCUCUGCCCCUGAUUUCUAUGUCUCAAACUUCUGUUAAAAGCAGAGGAGCAAAUCUGGGCAGGGUUUCUUUCUCAGGCUGUUGGCAACCUUCACUCGUGUCUCUGCAGGACAUUGUGGGAUCUCAUCAAACACAGAUGAGGUGGCAAUCCCAAAAUCUGACCCCUUGGUGUGUGUUUUGCUAAUUGCCCAAAGAUUGACAUCUCGUAGCACAAUCCUGUGUGCGCAGACUUUGAUUUACAGCCUGCUGCAGACUUUGAAUGGGAUCCUCACAAUCCCAGUGUUGUUUUUCAUUAAACAAAAGCACACACAAAAUAUCAUUUACUACAAGCUCAUAAAUAACCGCAUAGCCGGUUGCUUGUGGAAAGUCGGAGCCGUCCCUGGUGUAGUCACAACUUUUGCUGGCUAGUGUAUAUAGUGGAGGCUGAUCUAUUAGGGCAAGUUGGACACUGCCCCACCAACCUCAGUCUGCCCUCAGCCAGCUCCCACCUCCCUGCCUGCCCUCUUACUUAACAACUAGUCCAGGGAGUCGUGGCACUGCCUGCCAGCUUCCUCCUCCUUAAUCUCAGGGUUGAUCUUGUAGAACUCAACAGGGAGGAGGAUGGGAGACAAAUUUAGAAUUAGUUGGCUAUGCCUGUCAUUGGCUGUGGCUCCACCUACUGUUGGGCUCCCUGUCUUCUGCCCCACCAAUUCCAAUGGGCACCAGCCACCACUGCUAGUACACAUGGUCUUCAGCUCAUGUAUGUAGGGAUAACAAGACCGAAGUGGACACAUAGAUAAAAGGAUGCAUCACUAGCCUUCAUCCCAAGCAAGCCCUGGUAUAUUGCAGGUAGAUGUGCUGUGCCUGGUCUGGAGAGGGGAAAGUUCAAAUCUCUAUUGCCCCUUGAUACUCACCUCUUGGCCAUAGGAACAUCAGAAGCUGCCUUGUGCUAGUCAGGCCAUUGGUCCAUCUAUCUCAGCAUUGUCUACAAAGGCUGGCAGUGGCUCCUUAUGGUUUUAGACAAGGGUCUCUCCUAGAUCUGCCUGUAGCAGUGGUGGCUGGUGGCUCCAUGUCAGCAGGGCAGUGGAAUCCACUCUGGGCUUUAGUCCAGACUUUCAAGAACCUUUGCAAGGUGUGGGAACCUGUCAUGGAGCCACCAGCCGCGACUGACCUGGAGAUGCUAGAGACUUAACCUGGGACCUUCUGCGAUCAAAGCAUCUGCUCCUUCACUUGUCCCUUGUCUUAAGCUACAUAGCAAGUGUAAGGAUAAAGUAGAAUAUUCCCAUUAAAAUAAUGAGGAAUCUCUAGCUUGUGGGCCUAAAUAGGCCCACCAGGCCUCCCUAUUUGGCCCAUGAGGCUGUUUUGGCCAAGCCCACCUGUCCUGCACCUGAUAUUAGAUAUUAUGUCAGGUGUGGGCAGGUAAAGUUGUGGCUAGGAUGAAAAGGGCUUUGCAGCUUAUAUUAACCCCAGGAUAACCUCCUAUGUGGAGAUUGGGCUGACUUCUUCCUUGGUGUCAUUUAGAUGCCCAUUAAAGACUGGGUUGUGCCUAUGACGUGAUCAGUUUCUGGUUUAUUUAUUUUUACUUUCCCUUAAACUUUUAAAAAUCUGGGGUCCCGUCCCUCUGCAUGUGUGUAUGCGCACACACAGCAUAACAAUGGAGCCAAUCACCUCAGGAGGUGGUGGGCUCUCCAGCACUAGAGGCAUUCAAGAAGCAGCUGGACAGCCACCUGUUGGGUAUGCUUUAGUUUGGAUUUCUGCAUUGAGCAGGAGGUUGGACUCAAUGCCCUUAUAGACCCCUUCCAACUCUACGAUUCUGUGAUUCUACACUUUUAACUCUAUUGGGAUCAGUGGAGACUGCUGGCUCUGAUGUCAGUGGGGCAGUGAAUCCACUCCAGGUAUUAGUCCAAGCUUUCAAGGAGCUGUCCAAGGUGUUUUCAGCAUCUUCGACCUAAAACCCAGAGCGGAUUCACUGCCCCACUGACAUUGGAGCUACCAGUCUCCACUGAUUGGCAUGGUUUCUUUUGAAAACUAUAUUCUUAGUUUGUAAAUUGUAUAUUACAUUCUUUUUGAUUUUUUAUGAUGAUUGUAAAUGGUAAAACAAAACAAAAAAAUGAUGCCAAUUACGGGACAGACAUUGCAGUACAG